UUUGUUUGUGUGUUUGUACUAACACACAAGUGCAUCAGAAUCGCAUCUCAUCUGAAUUAAUUCAAUAUUUGCAUUCCGUAGUCUGUUGAGGUUGAAUUAUUCCGAUUAGCUUAAAGCAAAAAAAAAUCAAAAACGAAAAGCAUUUUAAGUGUGAUCCAGUUUACAAUAUGGAUAUUUCGUUGAAAAAUAAGAAAAUUGUAGUCACGGGAGCCGGUCAGGGGAUUGGCAAUGAGUUGUGCAAAACACUCCAUGGAAUGGGAGCCUUUGUGGUGGCCGUUUCGCGAUCACCCGGUCCCUUGGAAGCUCUGAAACAGGAAUGUCCCUCGAUCCAAAUCAUUCAGGUAGACUUGGGCAAUUGGGAUGGCGCCAGAAAAGCUCUGGCUCAGAUCGAUCACGUCGAUGGGUUGGUGAAUAACGCGGGAAUAGCGAUCAUUAAACCGUACGAUCAGCUAUCGGAGAAGGACUUUGAUGACACCUUUAACAUCAACAUCAAAGCUGCAUUCAAUGUGAGCCAAAUAUUGAUUCCCAAAAUGCCGCCGGGAUCUAGCAUUGUAAAUGUGUCUUCCCUAGCUGCACUGAAAGCAUUCCCGGGACACUCAGUAUAUUCGAUGACAAAAGCUGCCCUCGACUCAAUGACCCAGAGUUUGGCGAUUGAACUUGGACCGAAAAAGAUUCGCGUCAACAGCAUCAAUCCUACUGUCAUCUUGACCCGGAUGGGUCGUGCAAAUUGGAGCGAUCCAGCAAAGGCCGAUCCUUUAAUAGCGAAAAUUCCGCUUGGUCGCUUCGGAGAAGUGAACGAAGUUGUGGAACCCAUCAUAUACUUUUUGAGCGACAAAUCGGCCUAUCUGAACGGCCACAGUCUACCUGUAGAAGGUGGAUAUUUGGCUGGUAAUUAAGGUGAUUUCUUUCGACAUGUUGAAAGAGCUCCGGUCUUGAAUAAAUUGGUUUAUUAUAUGCUUCAAA